UCUUUGGAAAACCCAUUAAGCAUUUAUAGACCUGUUUUAUUGUACCUCCCAAGGCAAAUUCUGUUUAAUAGGCCAUAGCGGAGUGACCAUGAGGCUACGACGGGCUGGCUUCUUCCUGCAGGCUUACCUGACGCUGGCGGCCGCCAUGUAUUUCGAUCUGGGCGAGCAGGAGGAACGAUGCGUCAUUCAGGAGAUUCCCGAGGACAUGUUGGUGACGGGAUAUUUCCUGUUGCAGCCGUGGGACUUGAAGUCGUCCACCCACUCGCCUCAACUCGGCGUCACUGUGACGGUCAGAGACCCCAACCAUGAGGUUUUGAUGACCAAACGCUAUGGCAUCUUCGCUAAAUUCACCUUCACGGCGCAUGCGUCCGGUCAGCACUUCCUCUGCUUCCAAACCAACUCCACCAGAUUCUCCGUCUUUGCUGGAGAGCGUCUGAAGUUGCAUUUGGAUGUUCAGAUAGGAGAGCACGUCAUGAAUCCCAAAGCCGACGGCGCCAAAGACAACCUAAAGACACUGGAAUACAGCCUGCAACAUCUCAUUGACCAGAUGGUGUACAUUACCAAGCAGCAGGAUUACCAGAGAGAAAAGGAAGAGACCUUCCGUCAGAUCAGCGAAGACACAAACAGUACCGUGCUGUGGUGGGCUGUGGUGCAGACCUUCCUCCUGCUCUCGGUGGGUUUUUGGCAGAUGAAGCGGCUCAAGGAUUUCUUUAUCGCCAAGAAGCUCGUCUGA